AUAUAAUACCUUUAUCUAAACUCUGUCAAUUAAUUAAUCAGAAGCUUGUCGUGAAGUCAUUACACUUUGUUCGUCCCAUUCUAAAAUUAUAUAUUAACGUUUAAUUUCUGUUUAAGAAAAUCCUACCGCAAUUUAACAAAAAUGAGUGCAGAGACAACAUCACUCAUGAAAUAUUUAAUAAUUAAUUACAGAUGGGUGCUAGUUUGUUUUUUUCUUUUACCAUUGUCGUUUCUAUACAAUGGAUAUUUUGCUAUAAGAAACUGGAUUUUUUUCAAACUGAGUAGUGCCCCAAAGAACCAUUUAAAAAAAGUACAAAGUAUACAAAAGCAGGUUCAAGAAUGGAAUAAAAAAGGUAGAAAAAAGAAAUUGUGUACUGCGAGACCAGGGUGGCAAACCAUGAGUUUUAGAAGACCAGCCUACAAAAAUACGUCUCACCAAAUUGUGGUAGAUUUGGUGGAUGUUCUCGAAAUUAAUUUAGACCAGAGGUGGGUGGAAGUUGAACCGAUGGUAACGAUGGGCCAGUUGACGACAGUUUUAAACCCAUUGGGUUGGACCAUCCCGGUUGUUCCCGAAUUAGACGAUCUUACAGUGGGUGGGCUCGUGAUGGGCACUGGAAUAGAAUCUGCAUCCCAUAAACAUGGCCUUUUUCAAUCUAUUUGUCUCUCUUACGAAAUGGUUCUUGGAGAUGGUAGUGUUAUAAAUUGUUCGGAAAACGAAAAUUCUGAAUUAUUUUAUUCGGUCCCAUGGUCAUACGGGACUUUGGGCAUUUUAACAGCAACAAGGAUUAGAUUAAUUCCUGCCAAACAAUUUAUAAAACUCAAAUAUCAUGCCGUCCAUGGUUUAGAUAAGAUCUGCGAAAGAUUUGUUGAAGCAUCUUCAUGCUCUGAUAACGAAUUCGUCGAAGGAAUUUUAUUUGGACCUGACCGAGCGGUUGUUAUGACCGGAAAUUUUACUGAUAAGCCCGAACCCGACAAAAUUAAUUGUAUAGGCAAAUGGUAUAAACCCUGGUUUUUUAAACACGUUGAAAAAAAAUUAAAUCCUUACUACAAAAACGAUGUCGAAUAUUUACCCUUAAGGGAUUACUACCAUCGGCAUACCAGAUCUAUUUUUUGGGAAGCUCAGGAUAUUAUACCCUUUGGGAACAAUCUUUUGUUUAGGGUCCUUCUGGGAUGGCUUAUGCCACCCAAGGUCUCUUUUUUGAAACUUACGCAGACUGAAACCACCAAGGAACUUUAUGAAAAUCAUCACGUUAUUCAGGACAUACUAAUCCCUGCUAAACAUUUACAUAAAAGCAUUAAAAUGUUCCAUGAAACACUUGAAGUUUAUCCUUUAUGGCUUUGUCCAUUUUAUUUGGGACAAGCGCCAGGUAUGGUACAUUCAAAGUCAGGCAAAUCCGAAAUGUAUGUCGAUGUUGGUGUUUACGGCGUCCCAAAAGUGUUAGACUUCAAACCAGAAAAGUCUACCAGAAAAAUUGAAAAAUUUGCUAUAGACCACGACGGGUACCAAAUGCUGUAUGCUGAUACAUACACAACCAAGGAGGAAUUUAGAAACAUGUUUGAUCACAAACUUUACGAUAAAUUGAGAAAAAAAUUAAAUUGUGAGGAUACGUUUCCAGAAGUUUACGAAAAAGUUUCUAGAAAGGCCAGAAUUUAAUUUUAUAUAGAAAAUGAUAAAUAAAAAAAUACCAGGCA